UAAAUAUGGACAUGCACUUUUACAGGAUUUCUAAGAAUGUCCCAGGCACACAGUCCUUUGAUGAUGUGAGGCUUGUGCAGUCCGCCACUGCUAUCCCGAUCUGGAAGGCAGCCUCCUCCAAGCCCGGCCUCUUUACACAGGGAUUGAUGCCUCUGGUGGCUUCUUGGUCAGCAGGACUGGACGACCGGACAUCCCCAUUGGCCUAUAGGAGCCACAAAUAACAACACCAAAGUUUCGUUUUUUAUUUUUUAACCGAGAUCUACUCAAAAUAACCACCAGAAUCCACAACAACAAUCACUUUUCAACAACUCAGGUUUUUCCUCUCUCUCCUUCGGAGUCCUACCGUCCACUUUCUAAACCACCAUGUCCAGCAGGAAGAUCAGAGGCUUGACCCGCACGGGGCGGCAGGUGAGCGAGGACCCGGACCUGGACAACCUGCUGUCCACCCUCUCCCCCGAGGAGGUGGAGGAGCUGGAGAAGGACAUGAUGAAGGCUCCCGACCCGGCCAGCGAGGCAGGGAAGCUCCUCGCCCAAGGGGAGAACCCGUCUGGCGGGGCCCCUCACUCUAAGGCGGGCGGUCGGACAGAGAAUGAUCCUAAGGGCAGGCUGGGUCCCAGGGAGCCGUCGAUGGAGGGUGAUGCCAAGAAGGAGAGCCGGAAGCAGGAGUGCCUGAGGACGACAGCCCUGAGCCAGGAGGGGAACGAAGACAAGAGGGGAGGACUACAGAGACAGGCCAGCGUCUCGACAGAGCGAGACGCAAAGCUGGACAGCACCAGGAGCAGCCGAGGAGGAGCGUUCGAGGGCUCAAAAGAGGAUUCCCUGGGCCUCUCCAGUAGAUACAGCAGGAGGAGUGAGGUGCGAGGAGACACCAAAGAGACAUGUGAGGACAGCAAAGUUCCAAAAGACAGGAGGGAAGCCCGCGAGAGCACAGGCAGCAAAACCAAAGACAUGAUCUCCAAGUUGCAGGAGAAGAAAGAAAAGGAGAGCCUGGAGAAAGAGAAGAAAGAGGACUCCAGGAGGAAGGAUGACAGCAAAACCAAAGACAUCAUAUCCAAGCUUCGAGAGAAAAGCGAGAGAGAAGGCAGCAAGGAGAAAGAGAGAAAGGAGGAGGUCAGAACCCGGGGACGUGUCUCCAUGUUGCUGGAGAAGCAGACUAAGGCAGAAAGCCAGAUAGAUGAGAAAAACGGUCGGGAAAAGGAUCAAACAAAAUUAAAGCUUGAGCGGCAAAAGACUGAGAAGGCUGAGGUUGACGGUGUUGAAUCGAGCGCCAAAAAGGUAGAGAAAAAGAAAGAGACUGAUGAGGAAGUGAAGCCAAACGAUAAGGCAAAAGAGGAGAAAAAAGUAAACGCACACCAUGACGUAGAGGAGACCCAGUGCAAGGAGGGCCGGGACGAGAGCAAAAACAACAAAGGUUCCAGAGCCAACAAGGCAGAGGAAAGUACGACUCUCAACAACUGUGACGGGAUCAAAAGUCCUAAGAGCAAGGGUGAGGAAGAGGAGGACGAGGACGCUAGCAUGUUCGACGAACAGAUGGAGCAGGUUCGAAACAAUGACCCAUCUCUCCUUGAGCUCAACGUCAAUAACUCAGAGGUCAUCAAGGUCAAAACACUCAUUCAGUUCGCCGAAGCGCUGCACAAGAACACAUGCAUAAAGACAUUCGCCUUGGCCAACUGCCGGGCUGAUGAUCACGUUGCAUACGCUAUCGCUGGCACUCUUCGCCAAAACAACACCAUCACCAGCAUAAACCUUGACUCUAACCUUCUCACCCCCAAGGGCAUAAUGUCCAUCAUCCAGGCUCUGCAGCGCAAUGCCACCCUAACUGAGCUACGCUUCCACAACCAGCGGCACAUUUGUGGCGGCAAGACAGAAAUGGAGAUGACAAAAAUUCUAAAAGACAACACAACCUUGUUGAAGCUGGGCUACCACUUUGAGCUUGCAGGGCCCAGAAUGACCAUGACCAAUAUACUAAGCCGCAACAUGGAUCGGCAGAGACAGAAACGUCUGCAGGAGCAGAAGCUUGCCCAGGCCAAUGGGGAAAAGAAGGGGGGGCUGGAGGUACCUAAGAUUGGUAGUGGCGGUGGGUCUCUCAGAGGCACUCCCAAGGCUUCUCCGAGACCCUCUCCCAUCCCCUCGCCCAUGGCAUCGCCAAAGCUCACUCCCAAGAGAGGUGGAGUAGGAGGAAGCCCUGGUCCACCGCCACCUCCACCUCCACCUCCACCUGGGGGUGGACCUCCGCCUCCCCCUCCACCCAUGCUAGACGUGGACUCCCUUAGGAACUCCCUGACACCAGUUUCACGGAGGAAGAUGGAUGCAAAGAGCCCAGGAGGUGGCAAAAACACAAGAGACCAACUGCUGGCCUCCAUCAGAGGAGGUGGUAAUGUCCAACUGAAAAAGGUUCCAGUGCCAAAGUGGUUGCAAUAAUUCCCAUUGGAAUUGACAGGCCACCAGAAGGGGAUGAUGCUGGUUGACAUCUGGCCACCAGCCUUCAAGAGGAUUCUAAAAAUGAACAUCCUCCAAUGCUGUCGUAACAUUUCUUUAUAUGUAAUUGAACCGUGGGAUACAUGGAGGCAGAGAAAGAAAGUCAAAUGGAUGGUAUGAAAAGAAAAACCCUCACAAUGAUUUCCUCCCCUCUAACACUGGACCAAUACGAUGCUAGGGAGGAUGAGUGAUGCAGGGGUGACUUCAACUGCAGCAAGGGUCAAGAGUUUAUGGUUGCUUUUUUGUUUCUAUUCAUAUUUAUGCUUUACCUCUUAUUUGCACUUGAAUAUAUGAAGCCGAUCAUGUAUUAAAAUAAACAAAUGUGAGCGUGGAGGGAAUAAAUAAUGACACAAGACUUACAAAUAGCUUAAUGAUUCAAUCUAUAAAAGCCAGCUAAUGAUAAACGGAGCAAUAAUUAGAUCUAAAUAUUUAUUUGUGGGAGAAAACUAUUUCAGAAUUUUUACUUGAAAUUCUGCACAAAUGUGGAAUUCUAGAAAGUAGAUCAGGGAAGAGAUAAAUGCAGAGCAGGUUUUUCUAACUAUUUGACAGGUUUAACAAUCUUACAGCGCCAGGGUAACCGUAUUGAUGGAAUGAAACAAGGUUUGUAGUGUGUCUCAAUGCCAAAUCUCAAAAUAUCUCAGGCAAUGUUCAACACAUUGGAUAACUGCCCAGUGGAUUCCUGGUCUAUUAUAACAGCUUGCAGGAUAGAAUUCGAGUUUUUAUCAGGAAGUAGAUUUUUUUUUAGCAUCCAAACUGAUAUCUGUAUUUUUUUAGGCUGGGAGAUUGAAUAUUGUAGAUACUUCUUACAUAAAAUAAUGUGUUUAUCAAAGUCUUAUGUUGACUUAUGUCAUACUUAUAACAGAAUGUGCUUCUCAAACUGAUCUAAUGUUAUAUAAAUGGCGGUGAUGGCAAUGAAUGUACAUUGUAACAAAUGGUUUUAUUUUGUAUUAUCACACAAACAUGCCUUUUAUUAUGACUGCCUGUAUGUCUUCAGUUAAAGACAUAGGUAAAAAUGGAACAAAACAAAUAUGCUAUAUUUUAUAUUAUAUAUUAGUAUCAAUCAAUAGUGUUAACCAAAAGGAAUAAUUUGGUUUGGCUUGGCUUUUGCUGUGGCUUUUUCCCCUCGGUAAUGUUCCAGGCUGGAGGGAAGACACCAUGUCAGCCCGUCAGAUAUACCAGUUGUUUGGAUAAUCAGGGUGAGACGGGGUGAGAAGGAGAGCAGGAUACAACACGCUAGUUUAAGUAUUCAGAGAGACGGAGAGAGAGCGCAAGAGAGCAGGACAGCAGCAGACCAGUUUAUGUAUUCAUCCCCUUGCCUCAGCCUCUGCAUCCACCAAAUGUCUAUAUUUGGUCAUUUCUCCAAGGAGACUUACUCUGUAACCCAUUCCUUUACUGUUUGUAUGUGCCAUGGGGCCAGCGGUCUGUCUCCUCAGUCUGGCCAAUAGUCCAGAUCUUGGCUGAAGGGAAAAUAACAUAAGGAGAUGGCUGGUUAAUAGUUGAUAAACACCAAACAGCAUGCAAUAUUAUUACUUAUAUUGUACCCAGAUUCCUUGCGACAGGAACAUUUAAAGCGCCUCACAAUUUGGCCGUUCACGAAAACAAACUAUCAACCUGCAAUCAGGCUAAUUGUUAUUCAUGUCUAUAAAUAUGGUCGGACAGGUGGGUGAGGGUGAGCAACCAUUUUGUGCCAUCCAUUUUGCUUCACUUGUUGACUGGUGGCCCAUAGGCCUAUUUCUUUUGUAUUUCAAUUCCAAUCUUGGUAAGAUAAUAUUUUUCCCUGGAUUUUCCAUGUUUCCAUCCACGGCUGCAUGAACGAAAACCAUAACACACAUGCGGGUAUCUAAGUAGCUAAGACCGAUUUUAGUCGUCCAUCUAAGGGACACUGUAGUUUCACUAAGGCAGACCUACGGCCACAUCAUUAACAUCAUUUUGUAAUUGAGAGCAACUGUAGACCUAGGCCUACUACUAAUAACGUGUCCAGAAACAAAUUCUCUUUCUGAUUUUGGCAGUGAUGUCACAAAAACAUUAAGAUGUCGCAUCAACCUAGAUUUGUGAUGUCACACCAACCCUUGGCACAUCACAUGACGACGACACCAAUUGUGCUUGAAACAUUGAUACCUAGCGUUUGAAAUGGGUACUGCAGUCCAAAUACACAAUUGAGAGAGGGUUUGCUCCCUCCGCUCCCUUCCCUUCUAGACUCGACUUAGUUAUUGUUAGCAAAUUAUAAACCAAAUCUUGUGGCUUCUGUUGUGUCAUAAAUCUUGUGCUUUAUUUAAUACGUUAAUAUAUAAAUCUCAAUACUUUCCAUUCACCAAAUAAUUCCAAUAAAGUGUAGUCCUCUGUUA